AUGCUAACAAUUUCUCUGCUAGUUCAGGAAGUUGUAAGUAAACGUUCUCCGGUUUUUGGCAAUACAAAGUCAGGAAAAUUCAAGAUGACGAUUAGUAAAAACAACAAGAUGAUGGCUCACCUGAACUUCAGAAUGAAAGUUAUCCUGCAAGACUCUCGCACUUUUGUGGGCUACUUCAAAGCCUUCGAUAAGCACAUGAACAUUUUGCUCGCCGAUUGUGAAGAGUUUCGUCAAAUCAAGCCCAAGCCUGGAAAGAAGAUGACGAUCAGUAAAAACAACAAGAUGAUGGCUCACCUGAACUUCAGAAUGAAAGUUAUCCUGCAAGACUCGCGCACUUUUCUGGGCUACUUCAAAGCCUUCGAUAAGCACAUGAACAUUUUGCUCGCCGAUUGUGAAGAGUUUCGUCAAAUUAAGCCCAAGCCUGGGAAGAAGAUCGCUGAAGGUGAAGAGAAACGAACACUUGGUCUUGUGUUGCUCCGUGGAGAGCACAUAGUAUCGAUGACAGUCGAUGGUCCACCACCAAAGGAUGAAGACACAGUUCGUCUACCGAAGGCAGGAGGUAUCGCUGGACCCGGCCAGUCGAAGCCUGUGGGAAGAGGAAUGCCUGUCAUGCCACCCGGUAUGCCACCAGUCCCCGCUGCUGGUCUUGCUGGCGCAGUUAGAGGUGUUGGUGGUCCGGCAAUGGGUAUGAUGCAGCCUGGUUAUGGGGCACCGCCGCCGGGUAUGCCCCCGAUGCCGCCUCGUCAGCAGUUCUAA